UCACCCCCCAGUCCAUUCAACUCUCCUUUUUCUUUUCUCCCUAUAAAAGCCUCUCGUUCCAUCUCCAAGUGUCAGAGAGCCCACAAUCGUCACCAUGCCGCCGGUCCCAACAAUGCUAGGCUCCACUACCAUGGCCAGAGCUGUUGCUCAUGCUCUUCCUCUGUCGCGUUUGCCUCCGAACCAAAUUUCUUCGCUGUGCCGAGGCAUCUCCCUAUCCCAGCCUCUUGCACACAGAGUUUAUUCGACCGCUUCUGCAGAGGCAGCAUCCCUCUCCUCACAAGCACCCCCGACACGCUCCCGCUUUCGCCGCUUCGUCGGAUUCACCACCCUAGCAGUCGUCGCCUUCACUGCUGGCUUGACCUACCAAACCUCCAAAUCUGUGUCGCGCAUGAUGACGCUCAGUCUAGCUACCGACGAGGAGACUCUCUCCGCUUUCAUUCCUCACGAUGAGUUCUCCAAGGAGGUCAACGACUAUAUCCGCAACCACCCUCUGGCCGUGUCGCUGCGCAACAACCCUGCUUUCACGGAGUCCCGCCCACACAUGAAGAUACCGGAGAAGCUGCGCGCACGCACUCUCACAGGUGGCACACUCGCUGGACCGGACAAGAUCGUGGCUCCGCCCUUGGUGUUUUGCGAAGAGGGUGGAAAGAGCUUGGUCUCGCUUUUCUACCUCGGACCAAACCUCUGCGGUCACCCGGGAAUUGUGCAUGGUGGAUUGCUGGCCACAUUGCUGGACGAAGCUAUGGGACGAUGCUGCUUUCCUGCUCUGCCGAACAAUGUGGGUGUCACUGCCAACUUGAACUUGGAUUAUCGCAAACCCGCCAUGGCCGGCAACUAUGCUGUUUUGCGGGCGGAGACAGUGAAGGUGGAGGGUCGGAAGGCCUGGGUGGAAGGUCGCAUUGAGACUCUUCCUGAGGACGGAAAGGAACCGGUGGUGCUCGUGGAGGCCAAGGCCUUAUUUAUUGAGCCCAAGCAGGCCGCGGUAGGUUCAAAUGAUCGAAGCAUGAUGCAAAGACGAGGCUAAUUGGACAUGCAGGCCAUGUCGACUCUCUACAACAUGACCAAAUGAUUGGCACCCGAUUCGAUCUAAUUCUAUAUAUACAUUGGACAUUAUUUAGAGUCAUCGUGAUUCGAACUUUCAACAGGCGUAUAGAUGGUUGGAGAGCUACAUUUGGAUUGUACAUAUAGAUAACUUUUGUUUUAGUAUACUAUACCUAUUCUAGAUUGUGAAUUUUGAUUUCCAAACCCAAAGUACGAGC